AUGUCCCUAACGCGUAUAAAUCGAAAUCCAAACGCAUUCCCUCACACCUUGAAACGCAACGCGCAGCGACGCGAGGACGAGGACAUGCCGCCUCGGCGCCGCAAAAAACCUACCGCGCAUGGUAUUGGCUUCAACGCAAUGCCUCCCUCUCCACCGAGACGCCUCCUUCCCUCCAAACCUCUCCCAAACCCAACGACCGUUUCCUCGCUCCGCCUUCGGGAAACGAACCGUCAACUCCGUCCGCUCGAGUUCCAAUCCUCGGUCGCGAGAUACAGCAUCCACCGCGGGUUUACCAUCGCGAGCGAGAAACAAUUCUCUCGAAUAUGGAACGGAGGAGUCACGUGCUUAGAAAUUGGCGGGAUGCGCGAAAAGAGGUUCGCUUUAGUCGGGACCGUGGAUGGAAGCGUGGUGAUGUAUGACUCGAUGGAUGGUUUCGGAGGCGGACGAGAAGCAGCAGAAAAGGCGGACGGCGAUCGGAACGAGAGGAGGAAUGUGGAGCCUAUUUUUGCAUCCAACAGGAGAUUUGGUCGUCGCCGUACCGGUGGUACCAAUGGUAUCGCGAGUAGUGAAAAUGAAGCGCGCAUCGUGCGGACGUCGCAAGGGCACGAGAAGUCGGUCUCGGCGGUGGCGUGGUAUCCCGAGGACGCGAGUGCGUUUUUUAGCGCGUCGUUCGACGGGACGGUGAAGUUGUGGGACGCCAGUCGCGCGGAAGUGGCGGCGACGUACGCGUCGUCUGUUGAUUCUGGGAGAGGUGGAAGGAGUGGUGUCGCGCUCGGUUCGAGAAUACGGGACGUGAGUUUGUCUUUGUCGAGUCAUUUGAAUAACGAUUUAGUCGCGGUGGCGACGGAUGCGCCGGACGUGAAAUUGUGGGAUCCCGGGAGUAACGUGGUGGGAAUGACGUUACCGAAAGCGCAUCCGGGCGGGUGUUCUAAGACCGCUUGGUCGAAAGAGAACGCGUUUUCUGUGAUUACGUGCGGGUUUGAGGGUCGAUGUGCGGUUUGGGACGCUCGGCGUUGCGCGGCGCCGUUGUUUAGCAUGGAUAGGCGGAGGAGUAAUAGCGGCGGAAACGGCGGCGGUACCGAAGGUUUAGGAACAUCAGGGUCGUGGAGCAGUUUGAGGAAACCUAUAGAUUUUUACGACGAAAACGCGAGGGCGCACGCGGAUGGGAUAGAGAGCGUAUUGAUACACCCAAACGGUCGUUCGGUUUUCACGAAAGGGUUUGGAUUCCGAAACGACGCGAGGGUUCGCGAGUGGGAUUUGCGCACCGGUCGGUGCGACGCGACAAAAUUCGAACGAUUUUCGAAUUCGUCGUCGUCGAUGACGACACAAAAUGCUCGGAGCGGCGUAAGUGCGAUGAACACGGGUAGCGGCAGUGGUAGGGGUUCUACAGCUGGUGCCGGGACGGCGUCGGCGGCGUCGGCGCAGUAUCGGUAUUCAACAACCAUGUCGUGCUCGGAAGACGGCGUGAACGUUUUCGUGCCUUCGCAAGACGGGUCGAUACUCGUGUACGAUUCUCGAACCGGCGCGAUUUCGGAGCGCUUGAAGUGUCACGCGGACCGAGUGACUUCGGCGCAGUUUGUCGCCCGCGAGUGCGAAUUGUUCUCGGCGAGUAUGGAUGGGUUUCUCGUUCGAUGGAAGAGCAAAAAUGCAAGCGCGGCGAUGAGAACGACGAUGGGUACCAACCGCGAAAGCGAAAGAGAAUGGGUGAGCGACGAAGAUGAUGAUGAAGAAGAAGAGAAUAUUGGCGGGCGCGGGGGCGGCAUGUAUAGGAACGUACGCGCUCGUCGAUGA